CUCUCUCUCGGUCUGCAGUCGGUCUGAUGCGCGGCGCUGCGCAAUACCCGAGCAGAACCACCUGUGCAGCUCCAAGGCUCCGUUAAGCUCCGGUGAUGCUCCUCUCCUCCGGCGGGAGCGCGUGAACGAGGACGUGAUCGCAUUCGUGCGCCUUUUCGCGGAGCGGCUGUCGCAACAUGGACUGAUGGUGUUAUCCACCAUGGGAUUAUCGCAGUUGCUCGUUGGAUGGCUGUGCGCGGCGGCAGUGUCUGCGUUCGGAGUGGAUCCGGCGGUCCGGAUCAGCGUUUUCCAGGAGUUCAGUCCCGCAGAAGGGUUUUCCGGCGUCACACAGGUGCCGGGCUUCCACGAUGACACGAGAGCGUUCCUCUUCCAAGGCUCGUCCCGGAGCGUCCGGGUCCCAGACGACGCAGCAGGCCGCAUGCUGCAGAAACUCAGAGGAAAGAGUGAGUUCACCAUCUCUCUGACGAUCAGACAGGAGAAACUCAACUCUGGAGUCAUUCUGUCCAUUCAUCACGGAGAGCAGAGGCUGCUGGAGCUGGAGAGCAGCGGUCAGAAGAGUGAAGUACGUCUUCAUUUCCAGACCAAAGGCCAGCAGACGUUCACCGAGAUCUUCCCCUACACGCUGGCCGACGAUCAGUGGCACAGGGUCUCCGUCUCCAUCAGCGCUUCACACGUGGCGCUCUACGUCGACUGCAAUAAGAUCUAUGAGCGAGUGGUUGCUGUUCCUCUGAUGGAGAUCCCAGAAGACACGGCGUUCUGGGUCGGACAGAGAAACAGCGCUCAUGGCUUAUUCAAGGGAGUGAUGCAAGACGUUCAGAUCCUUGUAAUGCCUCAAGGAUACAUCACGCAGUGCCCCGACCUCAACCGAACUUGUCCGACCUGCAACGACUUCCACGGCCUCGUGCAGAAGAUCAUGGAGCUCCAGGACAUCUUGGCCAAAACCUCCAGCAAGCUGUCUCUGGCCGAGGAGAAGAUGAAGGGUCUGGACUCGUGUUACUGUGAGAGGACCUGUCACGUGAAGGGAGUGACCUACAGAGAAGAACAGACCUGGACCGACGGCUGCAAGAACUGCACGUGUUCGAAUGGAACGGUCCGCUGUGAGAAGAUCCUGUGCCCCCUGCUCGAGUGUGCGGAUGGUACCACCCCGGGGUAUGUGACAGGAACCUGCUGCAAAGAAUGCCAGUCGAUGUGCUUGUUUUCGGAGCAGACGCUGGUGGAAGGACAACGCUGUGCUGUUCAUCAUCCCACCGCGGGACUCUGCCAGCUGUUUGAAUGCAGGGAUCGUACGAUGCACAGAGUUGUGAGCUCUGAAGACUGUCCGCAGCUUUCCUGCCCUGAAUCUGAUCAGAUCACACUGACCGACAGAUGCUGCAGGGUCUGCAGAGGUCACGACUUCUGCGGCGAGGAGAACAUCUGCGCGGAGAACUCGGCCUGCGUGAACUUAGACGCCGGCUCCAGCUGCAGCUGUAAGAACGGCUUCCGGCCGCUGCGCGAGGACAGCGCUUACUGCGAAGAUAUCGACGAGUGUGCGGAGGGAAGGCACUACUGCCGUGAGAACACACAGUGUGUGAACACCGCCGGCUCCUUCAUGUGUAUCUGCCACACCGGCUUCAUCCGCAUCGACGAUUACUCCUGUACAGAGCACGACGAGUGUGCGACCGGUCAGCACAGCUGUGAUGAGAACGCUCUGUGUUUCAACAACGUCGGAGGUCACAGCUGCUCCUGCAAACCUGGAUACACCGGCAAUGGCACAGUCUGCAGAGCGCUGUGCGAUGGCCGCUGUCUGAACGGUGGCUCCUGCGCAUCUCCCAACAUCUGUGUGUGUCCGCAGGGCUUCAGCGGGCAGAACUGCGAAACGGAUAUUGACGAGUGCUCUGAGGGUUUGGUUCAGUGUGACACACACGCCACCUGCGUGAACUUACCUGGCUGGUAUCACUGUCCACACACACACACACUUUUCUCUCUCUCUCUCUCUCUGUGUGUGUGUGUGUGUGUGUCUCCUGCAGACAUCGAUGAGUGCCGGACAGGACGUAGCACCUGCGCUAACGACACGGUCUGCUUCAAUCUGGACGGAGGAUACGACUGCCGCUGUCCUCGUGGACACAACUGCUCCGGAGACUGCGUCCACCGCUCCAAGGUCAAACACAACGGACAGAUCUGGGUGCUGGACACUGACCGCUGCUCCGUCUGCUCCUGUCAGUCGGGCCGGGUCCUGUGCAGGAGGAUGGUGUGUGACUGUGAUAACCCCACGCUGGAUCUGUUCUGCUGUCCGGAGUGUGACCCGCGUCUGACCUCUCAGUGUCUCCAUCAGAGCGGCCUGCUCACCUACUCCAGUGGAGACACCUGGAUCGACAGCUGCCAGCGCUGCCAGUGUCUGCAGGGGGAGGUGGACUGCUGGCCUCUGUCCUGCCCGCCGGCCGACUGUGACUUCACGCUGGUGCCCGAGGGAGAGUGCUGCCCGCGCUGCGUCUCUGACCCCUGCCAGGCCCACGCCGUCCGCAACGACAUCACCAAGACCUGUGAGGACGAGCACGGCAUCACACGCUUCAGCGGCUCGGCCUGGGUCAAACACGGCACCGACUGCACACUGUGUCAGUGCAAGAACGGACACGUCUGCUGCUCAGUGGAUCCCAUGUGUCUUUAGUCGCUAACAGCUCCUGUACAGUCUCACACGACCGACCUUCCACGACCUUCCCCAAAUAAUGCCAAAUAUGAAUGGUGUAUAAUAUCAGAGAGACGCCAGCGUUCCCGAGGAGGACUAUAAACCCCCCGAACACGAGCACACACGCCGGCAUGACCACACUGGAUGUUUAAAGAAAAAAACAGUCCAUCAUUUUUAUCUCUUCGACGAUCACAGGAUGUAGAAAUUUUAGCUAGUAAGUAAAUCUUAUGUAUUUCUCUUUUGCCUGGUUACGGAAGUCGACGCUAUUUCGUUCUUCGCACUUUUUCCGAUUAGCCUUUUGUGUCUGUUUUUUCCGUCUAGAUUUUAAAUUAUUAUAUGGCUUGUUCUUGUCUGAUGGUGAAUAAAAUAUCUCCAUUUCCAUUUA